AUGUUCCAUGAGAUGCAUUGCCUGCGCGUUCUAAACCUUGCAUUCGACCCUUCAAAUAUCGUCAGCGACGGCCAUAUUGCUCAUUGCCUAGGCUAUCUCAGGCAACAAGCCCUGUGUCAUCCCGAUCUCACUCUGGAGCCAGCCGGAUGGGAGAACAGGGAUUUUGACGGCUCUGGUAGGGAAGGGGCCACACACUUAUGCUGGGACUGGGAACAGGUGUACGAGGUGGUGGAGGACAAUUGGUUGAGAUGGAAUAACUCGAGGAAUGCAUUGAAAUGUAACGAACAGGGUUUCUGUGCGUAA